GUGCGUCCAGUGCCUUGUAAUGUGAGAAAUGGUUGUGAAGUGUGUGAACUGCAUUAUACAUACAGUUUACAUAUAUAGUACUCUUAUGUAUAAAUAUUUUUAAAAUGAGUUGUAUCAUAAAAACAGAAAAUUCUGGUAUUUAUUUGGACUUUUGCCAUAUUUUUCCUGCUCUAAUUGGUCUAGAGAUUUCAAUCAAAUGAGAAAAAUGCAAUCUUUCAUCUAGUUAUUUUGAUUUUGUCCUUAGAUCAGACUAUUGGCAGUUGCUUCUCAGAUGCUGCAGGAGGAGAAGGAGCAGAAGAUGAGGGAGAAAGAAGCUGGUCUGGCAGAAAGAGUUCCUCCUCUAAAUCUGUCUGGCUUGUCUUUGCGAGAGCUGCAGGAUCUCUGCAAAGACAUGCAGCAAAAGAUUGAUGUUGCAGAUGAGGCGCGCUAUGAAAUUGGCCUCAAGGUUUCCAAAAAUGACAAGGAGAUCGAAAACAUGAAUGUGAGGAUCACUGAAAUUCAGAGUAAGUUCAAGAAACCGAUCCUGAAGAGAGUGAAGAUUUCAGCUGAGGCCAUGCUGAGCGUCCUGCUGGGCUCCAAACACAGAGAGUCCUUCGACUUCAAGGCCAACCUCAAAACGGUCAAGAAGGAAGAGGAAAGGAAGGAGGAGGUGACUGACUGGCGUAAGAAUGUGGAGGCCAUGUCUGGUAUGGAGGGCAGGAAGAAGCUAUUUAAUGCCUCUGGAAACUGAAGAGACAAUUAUUUUUGCUUAAAUCAUCUUCGUCUUAGGAUGAAUUUCUAGCCUAACCCUCUGAUCUAUAUCAUAAUGAUUUAGGAAUUGUAGGUAGGAACACCCUUAAAACCCAGAUUAUCUUCGAAAAGCAACAGACAUUGAAUAUUUUAUAGCAUGGUAGGCUGUUUGCUGUAGUUCUCCACUGCAGCCUUGAGAUGGCAGUAUAAUUCUUCAUCACACCAUCACACUCUACUCAGACACCUGUGGACCUACAGUAUUGUAUGUUGACAGUGGAGAAAUCUUGUUUGUCCUUCCUAAAUUAGCAACUAAUAGUGUCUUAUCUGUUGUGAUAAAUUGCCAU